CAGGAAACCCAGUACCAAUAUGAUGCAUUAUUAUGGUCUUCCUGUGGUUUUUACAAGAUGGCGGCGGAAGGUGGAAGUAGAGACCCAUCAAGUGUGAUGAAAAAAGCAAGGGUCAUUGAUGACAAUGAAUUGCAAGAGUUUUGUAUCAAAGUUGUCGGCACUUUACGUGGCCGAGACAGGGGAAGUGAUUGUAUUAGUCAGCUUAGACGGCUGUUUCUACUGAUUGCGGUGACGAGGAGGCGGCGAAGGAUUCCCACUGACCUCAUAGAGGAAUUAAGCAAUGCUACCUCAGAGCCGCAGCAAGGCUCCAAGCGAUUUAAGCUCCUGUGUUCUCUCAUCCUACGCGAGACCACACCCACCAAGCAGCUGGUCAUAACAAGCUUGGAUCCCCCUGUUGAGCAGCAUGAUAUCCCUUUAUUGCUACCGCUGGUCUUGGUGCAAGGGUGUGAGCUAGGGUAUUGGACAACACAUGUGCCACAACUGACAAGGUGGAUCAUGGGAGGUGGAGUCCCUGUUGAGCUCCAAACACUAGCCCUUAGUAGCCUAAACCUGAUUAUGUACUCUCACAAGAACCUCCUUUCGAAAGAGGAGCUUGGGUCCAUGUGCCAUCAGAUGGCUCACUGGUUGAGGAAUGCAAGCACCGUGUCUGCACCAAACCCCUUCCAGAGGCAGAUAUUUGGUGGAAGCAAAUCUAAAGGGUACCAGUCUGUUGCAGAGAUUGAUGGCACUGCAUCAAGGUUCUUCUUCACAAUUCUGACCAUUGCACAGUAUUGUUUCCCAGAUCAAGUCCUUAACAUCUACAGCUUCUCAAUGCUGCGAACAUGGCUCAUGAACACAGAUGUCCUUCAGCCCACUGACAAUAACAUCCAAUCAGGUGUCUUGCUCCAACACUCCCCAAUAUCAACUCCAAGGUCACUUAUAGACACAUCCCAGCCAUCACGACACAGCUCCCCCUCACAAGAACCCUUCGAGACAACAGCGACUAGCCUGGACAAUCUAUCUAUUGGAUCCCAGACCUCUGCUGGCUUCUACAUUCCCAUGUCACAGUCUCCUGACAAUCAGUCUGGUGCACAGUCUCCAGCUCUAGGCUCUUCCCCUGAUGACCGUGCCUCACUGUACUCCAGUGGACUGGAGAGGGCUUCAACACCUCUCAGCUUCCCCCUCACCCUUGAAGAGAGCACAGAGAGGUAUGCACCGCCCAAGCGAGGUCACCAGAAAAAGCUUUCCAGGAAUAUCAGUUUUACCAAGCUGUUUCCACACACUGCUCAGCAGGGGCCUCUUACUGGUCAGGAGGAGCUGAGGGAGAAGGCCGUGGAAUACUGUUUAAGGGUGCUGCAGCAAAGCGAAAGAAAGCCAGCCAAAAUGCAGGAUGCUGUUCUACUUGAAGGAAGUAUCGUUGAGGCUGUUCACAUACUAGACCUCCUGUGCCAAAGUGACAAGUCCCUUGUCCCUAAACUGAUUGAGAUCAUACGGCGGCUGUAUGGACGCAUCACCACCGACAUGAGCAUGGGCAAGUGGAAGAGGGUGAUGCUACCCGUUGUACAGUUCUUCCUCAACCACGGGGAAGCUGUUGUCUUUGAUGCUGAGCCCGCAUGCAAGAUGCUGUUUGGGAACUUUGUUAGUGCAUACUACUUCAGCGCUCCAUUUGCAUUUGAUGUUGUGAUGUUUUGCCUGAAUAACAUGGAAAAGCUCUGCCUUUCUACAAGUAUCUUCAUCAAGUUUUUCCCAAACCUGUUAAAGAUCUUAGCCUGGUUUCCAAGAACAUUUCUCAUGGAAUUCUUGGAACUGCUUCCUGUGAUGAUGUCAGAAGACUCAGCAGUAGAGGUGUUUCAUAGUUUGCUAGACCUGCCAUGUCUGUCUGCCGCCAUGUGCACAUCUUGGAAUGCCAGAGCGAAAUCAAGUAGUGAUGUUCCCAGCACAAAGCUAACAUCUGCUGACUCCUUCCUUGACUCCAAGUACAAACCUUUGUUCAGCUUCAUCCUGAGGCCUGAAGCAGGGCAUGGAGACACCAUCAGCAAGCUGGUGGUGUUACACGAGCUGCUUGCUGACAUGGUAGAACACCCAAGGGUCAUGGUCUCAUCACAAAUCGUUACACCUUUAUUGAGUACAUAUUUCAAGGUCCUGAUGUCAGAGGCGGACUGUAGCAUCGUCAGCAGACUUGUCCCCGUAAUCCUGGAGAGGAGUGUGCUGAUCUACAACGUGCAGAACUGUGAUAUACACAUCAGAAGAAUUCUAGCGGAGCAGCUAAUUCUGAUUUUCCAGACGUAUCCAAGUCUGAUCGCUACCCAUCAACCGGACAUCACAGAGUUCAUUGCCGGCAUGAAAAACCUUGGGCUCGACAAACAGAAUUUCUUCAUAAACCUUGUGUGGUCGAUAGGUGAAUAUGCCUCAGCAUCCUAUUACAAGGGCUGCACUGUUCCCAUGAUCGUACAGUACUUCGAGAGUCUGGAGGCGUUGACGUAUGAGAUUGUAAUGCAAUCCUCGCCUGGCAAGGUGCCAUUCACAGGGAAACUGAUAUCUGUGCUGAUGACAACUCUCGCCAAGCUUGCUUCAAGAUGCCAAGAUCUCGUCCAGAGAGCUAUUCUUUGCUGCAGUAAAAUCGUCCGCACAAAACCGGAAAUGCUGACAGAUCCCGGAUGUUACCAGGACCUAUUGAUCCGAUCUCAGGAGCUCAUUAACCUUCUAAAGCUGCCAAACGUUGCGCCCGUGGUUUUGAACCCGCAACCAGACUGGGUGACAGGAAGGUGGCAUAGCGACCGUAACGCCUCCCUCCCGCUUCUCCUGCAAACAACUAAAGUCAUCGUAUCCUGAGGAGGCUGUUUCGAGGUGGAACAGAGUUGAGCAACAGGUGACCUAGCUGUUUUUCCAUCGUUCAGUCCUUGUAACGCCAUCCUGCUGGUGACCUGUAUCGCAAGGUCACACAUGGCAAACAGCGUGACAGAAAUAAUAUUGUAACGCAUUCUUGCCGAAGUCCUGUGUCACCUGCUCAGCAAAGCAUCACGCCGGGUAAUGCUACUUAGUUUUCAGGAUUCCUGUGUACAGUACAUAAACUUAUUGUGACCAGACCAUGAAGUUUGGAGGCUUCUCGUAUUGGUUUGCUAAAGAAUGGUUGAAAUUUACCAGACAUAUUUCAAGGCUGGCAAUUUUUGUUUCUGCCGGAGUCGUAUCUCCUGAAAUGAGACUAGGAGAAGGGCCAGACCUCUAGAUAACCUUAACGCAAAAUUCUUAGCACCUCGGUAAUUCCAAAAUAGCUGAUCUUCAGCACGAUAAUAUAUUUUAGAAAUGUAUUAUUAUCAUCGGUGUUCAGGGUUAUGUUACCCCUCCCCUCCCCUGAGCCAAUUCUGGGUACGCGCAUGAAUACAACUGAUCGAAAUCCCCACUCAUCAAAUUUAGGAAGCCUUAAAAUUCUAAGUUCAUUUGAGUUCAUCUCUCGUGUAUAAAACGUAGGCUUGCCUUCCGCGCCGUGCCAUUAAUGGAUCAGACGCCUUGGAUCAGACUAACUUGGAUCAGACGCCUUGGAUCAGACUAACUUGGAUCAGACGCCUUGGAUCAGACUAACUUGGAUCAGACUAACUUGGAUCAGACUAACUUGGAUCAGACUAACUUGGAUCAUACGAACUUGGAUUAGACGAACUUGGAUCAGACUAACUUGGAUCAGACUAACAUGGGUCAGACUAACUUGGAUCAGACUAACUUGGAUCAGACUAACUUGGAUCAGACUAACUUGGACCAGACUAACUUGGAUCAGACUGACUUGGAUCAGACUAACUUGGAUCAGACGAACUUGGAUUAGACGAACUUUGAUCAGACGAACUUUGAUCAGACGAACUUGGGUCAGACUAACUUGGAUCAGACUAACUUGGAUCAGACUAACUUGGAUCAGACUAACUUGGAUCAGACGAACUUGGAUCAGACGAACUUGGAUCAGACUGACUUGGAUCAGACGAACUUGGAUCAGACUAACUUGGAUCAGACUGACUUGGAUCAGACUGACUUGGAUCAGACUAACUUGGAUCAGACUAACUUGGAUCAGACGCCUUGGAUCAGACGCCUUGGAUCAGACGAACUUGGAUCAGACGAACUUGGAUCAGACGAACUUGGAUCAAACGCCUUGGAUCAGACUAACUUGGAUCAGACGAACUUCCACGCCUUGGAUCAGACUAACUUGGAUCAGACGAACUUGGAUCAGACGAACUUGGAUCAGACGAACUUGGAUCAGACGAACUUGGAUCAGACAAACUUGGAUCAGACAAACUUGGAUCAGACUAACUUGGAUCAGACUAACUUGGAUCAGACGAACUUCCACGCCUUGGAUCAGACUAACUUCCACGCCUUGGAUCAGACUAACUUGGAUCAGACUAACUUUUGCUUCAAGUGAAUCUGCAAGGGCUGUGUGAAUGACAAAUCCCGUGUGUCCCCUGAAUUACCAAAGCUAACAACCAAUCAGCAAGUGUUGUAGAAAAAGUAUUUGACAAGGAAAACGUUAAUAAAGAGUCUGGAACAGUG